AUGGCAGAACAACGUCGAGCUGACAUUGUCGAAAACUUGACCAAUGUCCGCAAUGCUAUGCAAAACGCCUCAAGUCCACAAGAGACUCGAUUGGUUGCCGUUAGCAAGUACAAGCCGGCUCAAGAUUUAUUAUACGCUUAUGAAGCUGGUCAACGACAUUUCGGUGAAAACUAUGUUCAGGAACUUGUAGAUAAAAGCGCACAGCUACCGAAAGAUAUACAAUGGCACUUUAUCGGCCAUCUGCAAAGCAACAAGGCCAAGACCGUCGUUAGCAUUCCCAAUCUCUAUGUGGUCGAAACAGUAGAUAAUAUUAAGAAAGCCAAUACAUUGAACAAGGCGUGCGACGGAUUACGUCCAGAUCCAUUACGCGUGUAUGUGCAGGUCAACACAAGCAAUGAAGAAGCCAAAAGUGGUGUAGCUCCUGCAGAUUGUGUAAAGGUAUGCCAACAUAUCAUCGAUUCGUGUCCACGACUCGAGUUAUCUGGAUUGAUGACUAUUGGCAUGUUUGGCCGUGAUCCAAGUGAAGAGAACCCCGAUUUCAAGUGCUUGGCAGAAUGCAAAAACCAAGUCGAGCAAGCAUUGCCGGGCAAGACAUUGGAACUGAGCAUGGGUAUGUCAGAAGACUAUGUACAAGCCAUGCGUGCUGGUUCGACCAAUGUGCGCGUCGGAAGAACCAUUUUUGGUGAACGUGAACGACCUCAAAAGAAAGAGUAA